CAUAACAUAACCUAGAAAACAGAAAAGCUAAAUUCUUCUCUUUCAUGUUUGUGAUUUGAUCUUUUGAAAGGUGAAAAGUUUCCCACUUUUGAAGAAUUAAACUUUAAAUAUUAAUAAUGGAAUCCAUUGAAUUAAUGGAUGACAAUGGAUGGUCGAUUCAUGGAAAUAAUGGAAUGGAAAGUAAAGUCUCUCAAAGAAGGUUUCAUUGUGAAUCUUGUGGAAUCGGUUGCUCAACGCGUGCCUCUUUAGCUGAACAUGAACGAAGACAUACGGGAGAAAAGCCAUUUUCCUGCUCUGAAUGUCAUGCAUCAUUCAAAAGAAUGCAAGGUUUGAAAAAUCACAUUCAAAUCAUUCACAAAAUAAGCGAAUCUCGGCAGUAUUCGUGCAACGAAUGUAAUAAGAAAUCUGCACAACUUGGCAACAUAGUACGUCACAUACUGCAGGUGCAUCGUAUGGUGAAGCGUUUCAUAUGUUCUUUGUGCACUCUGAAGUACAGUCAAAGUCAAGAUCUUAAACACCAUCUUGCCUCCGUUCACAAUGUUUACAUCGUAAACAUCAAUGACUCAGAGAAGAGGAGUAUUACUGAAAUUUAUGUUCUGCCACCAGUUGAUCCAGAAACUCAUUCUGAGGAAAUUAUUGACAAAGUUAAUGGCAUUGCUGAACAAGAGAGAAAGAAAUUGGAUGGGCUGGAGAGUAUUAUUUCGUCACUGAAGGUAGAAACAACUGAAACAUCCGUAAAAGGCUCCUGUGAAGUAGAAACUGAAAAUGAAGUUAUUGGAAAUCCCAUCAAUGAAUCCUCUGAAAAUCAAACUAAUGAAUCAGUUGCAGAAACAGUGUCUUGUCCAGAGUUAUGGAUAUCGUUCAUGCUUGAAAAGCCAACCAAUUUUACGAGCUUCAACAUCGGUGAAGUAACCUUCAGGGGCUAUGUAGUGGACAGUCAUUUUUCAUUACCUCAAACAGUAACCGAUUGUCAAAUUGACAAUUCGGAGAACAAUAUUAGAAAUGUGCCAAGUGAGGAAAGAAUCCAACCAUCUACAGAAGAAAAUACUCACCGAUAGAAAUGGAAAUUCAUAUUACGAAUUCACUUGUGAUGUUUGUAAUAAAGGAUUUGUGACAGAUAAACAAUUGAAACGUCACAUGUUGACUCAUAUAGGUUCCAAGAAGUACAAGUGUGAAACAUGUAGUAAGAGCUUUUUGGAACAUUAUAAUCUUUUGGUUCAUCAAAGGAGCACACUGGAGAACGGCCUUAUGUAUGCCCUAUUUGUAGCAAAGAAAUCAGGUAUCACAAAGACUACGCUGAGCACAAGCGGUCACAUGCACAGAAAGCAGCGUUCACUUGCCAAAUUUGCGAUAAAACCUACAGAAGAAAACGUGACCUUGAAAGACACCUACACUCGCACCGUCAAGAAAGCAGGUUCAGUUGUGAAAUUUGCGGUAAAGGAUUUAAUCGAAAAUACUUGAGAGAGCAGCACAUAUUGAAACACGAGUCUCGAUUGAAGCAAGUGCAAAAAACUCUACUAGAGUGCAACGUGUGUCAGAAAAAAUUUAAAACUGACAACGGACUUUUAAAUCACAAAUUGAAGCAUACAGGAAUGAUGGAGGAGCAUCAGUGCCAUAUCUGUGG